AUGUGUCGUACCACGGAGUAUUACCACGGUCAGGAUCGCUUUCUUCGGUUGAAAGCCAUCUCCCUCCAACUUUCUCUAUCCUCCGCCACCGCCACCGCCGCCGAUGUGUCUCUCCUCCCGGAAUCAUUGACGCUCGUUUUCCUCCCUCGGAUCAACGGCGGCCUCCUCGAAAUCAACGGCUCAAAAACACGCCCCGAUUCUCCGGCGUUCAUCACACUCCACCGCGUUCUCAAAUCCGACUUCAUCUUUACCUCAAGAGACCGAAUCCGCGCCUGCGACGGCGUCGUUUUCGAGGUUCACCUCGCCGGAAACCGCCUCCUUCACGGAGGUUUCCGGCAACACGACGACGGAGAUUUCAAAAUGGAGUGCAGAUUUAUGGAGGAAGAGAGAGAAUUCGGUGUUAGAGAAGCGGAGAUUUUCGUAGUAUCAGAGAAUGGCGGUUUGAUGAGAGAGAAAGCGGUGGCGAAGAGGCGGCGGAGGAGGAGGAAUUGCCGGAAGUUUGAGGUGGCGUUGGAUGAGAUUCCGGAGGAGAGAGAAUGUGAUGUGGUGGAGGAGGAGGGAUCAGGUGAGAUGUGGUGUUGUUGUUGUGGUGAGGGUGAGAGUGAAUCGGACGGUGGAGAUGAUGAAGUGGAGUUUGAUCGGAUGGUUGAGGAGGAAAUGGAACGGGUUAGAUGGGCUGUUGAUGUGGGUAUAUGGGUUGUUUGUUUGGGUGUGGGUUUCUUGGUUUCUAAGGCUUCUACUAGAAAUUUGAGGAGGAGAAAGUUUUUACUUUGA